AUGUAUGAAGGGUUUCAAAAAUUUGCAGAAAAAUGUAGGAAAUAUGUUUUAAUUUCUAUGGAUCAUGGUGGACCAUUGUUUUCUUUUAUGGAUGAUUCCUAUGAGUCUAAAUUAGAUGGAAUUAUUAAUGAUUUAAAUCAGAAAAUUCUCUGGCAAUCUGAUUUUCUUCAGAAAGUUAAAGAUUCUACUGCUAUUAAGUCUAAACCGUUAUCAGAUACUAAAUCAUUGGAUUUUAAUCAGCAUGAAAAGACCUCAAGAGAAAUAUUUUCAGAGAUAAAACAUCGUGUAGAUGUAUAUAAAGAGUAUUCUCGUACUAUGGAUUUUACAAUUGAUGAUACCCUUGUUGCUAACUUGCUUGCACGACGUAAGAUUCAAAAAAAUACGACAGAAGCGCAAUUGGCGCUUGAAAUAUUGAAAAAGAAGUUGAAAGAUACACUUUUUAUGGUUGAAAGAGAACAAAAAAUAUUAGAAGAUACUAAAAUAAUUGCAUUUUUAUUAGAUAAAAAAUUAAAAGUUCUGGAAAAAAGAAGUCAAAGAACUUCUCAAGAGAUACUAAAUGAAUGUUAUAUGGGCGUGAAGGAAGUUGAACGAUCAGUUAAUAAGUUUAUGCGCGAACUUGUUAGGUUUAUUGAUGAGCAAUUGGGUGACGUAUUGCUUGCAGAGCAGUCAGGCGCAUUGAUUAGACAUGCGGAUUUGACUGAGAAAAAACAUGUUAACUCAUUAGCAGAACCAGGUCAAACAACACUGGAUAUGCAUAUUUCUGUGGAACAGAAAGACAGAAUUUCCCUUUGCAACAGUACAAAGGAGUUGCUUGAGAACUUAAUGAAUCGAUCAGUUUUGCCUGAUGCAGAUCCGUAUUUAGUAGUAGAAGAUUCAGUAGUAGGAAGGGUUCUAUUACGUUCAGGGCUAGUGAUGUUGCAUAAUAAAGAUGCAACAAAAAUGCGAUUGGUUGAGUUUCACAAAGAGAUUGAUGAAUCUUCUUUUAUCUGA